GUCAAACAUGAGAAAUGUCAAAUGUCAGGCAAAAAAAUAAAGUGAAAUUUUUAUUUAAAAAUUUGUUUUUUAAAUAAAAACUUCAUUAAAAUUAACUCAGUUGUUUACUACCUUUCUUGUAAUGUUUUUCUAAUAGUUUUUAGCUUAAAUAACACAUUUCCUAUAAUAAAAUAAGAAAAAAAGUGAAUAUAAUAAAGUUACAACAGUAAAUUAAUGACGUGUAAGAGAGAAAUUGGGUUAUGUUUAUUAAAAACCACAAAAUAUUGAGAAUCCCUGAAUUGUUGUCUUAAAAAGACUGCAAAAUGUUUGAAAUAUCAGAUACACAAAAAAUUGGUGUAGGCUUGGCAGGUUUUGGAGUAUUUUUUCUAUUCCUGGGAAUGUUACUGUUGUUCGACAAGAGUUUACUAGCAUUAGGAAAUAUCUUAUUUAUAGCAGGAUUAGCAGCAGUUAUAGGACUGGAAAGAACAUUCAGAUUUUUCUUUCAAAGGCACAAAAUAAGGGGCAGUAUAGCGUUUUUUGGUGGUAUUGUGAUAGUGUUAGUCGGUUGGCCUAUGGUGGGCAUGAUUUUUGAAGCAUAUGGCUUUUUCUUACUUUUUAGUGGUUUUUUCCCAGUUGCCAUAAACUUUUUGAGAAGGGUUCCUAUUCUAGGAACAAUUUUGUACUUACCUGGAAUUAGUAAGUUAGUUGAUAAAUUGGCUGGGGACUCCAACAGAACAACAGUAUGAGUAAAUAAAUGUUUUUUGAAUGAGUAUGGAUGGAAUACUGUGGUAUAUGUCAACUGUGGUGUACGGACAUUAUUAUUGAAUGUGUAUAUAUUAUUAUUAUUGUGAAUUUAGGUAAUAUUUUGUUCAGAUGCAGCAAACAUAACUAUAUAAUUAUAAGGACAUUAAAUUGUAUUUUAUUUAUAUUUUGUAAAACAUACCAUUAAAAUGUCUGAUAAAAUUAUUUAGUUUACAAUUAUUAUCUUUAUGAUUUUUUGUAUAUAAUUUGAUAAUAAACAGCAAUAAUGGUG